AACACUUAACCGACCGCUGAGCACCGCUCCUGUUACAACAACGGUAUAGCUGUAUUAAUCUGGAAAAGACACGAAGAAGGCCUGUAAGCGGUCUGUUUUAAUUUCUACAAUGGCAGAAGGAGGAGAUGUCGAGUGGGAGCUAAGCAAAGAAAACAUCCAGCCACUGCGACGAGGCAGAGCUAUAUCAGCUUUACAUCAGGCGCUCAGUCAACAACAGGAUGGUCUCAGUUCUGCCAUCAACCAGCAGCGACAGGCCUUUGAGUCUGAACUGCGGAUGUAUGACGGAGAUGAUCCACUUGAUGUUUGGGAUCGGUAUAUUAAGUGGACAGAGCAAACCUUCCCUCAGGGAGGAAAGGAGAGCAACCUCGCCACAUUGUUGGAACGAGUCGUGACCAGAUUCACAGAGGAAAAGAUAUAUCACGACGACCCUCGCUAUGUUGACCUCUGGAUCAAAUUUGCAGAAAACUGCCCAGAGCCCUUGGACAUUUACAGAUACAUGCAAGCACAGGGGAUCGGAGUGACACAGGCAUCCCUCUACAUCGCUUGGUCCGAAGAAUAUGAAAAUCAAGGCAACUGUCGCAAAGCAGAUCUGGUCUACCAGGAAGGAUUCAAGAAGUGUGCAGAGCCGCAUGAGAAGCUCCUGCAGUUUCACAAGGCUUUGCAGGCACGUGUGUCCCGACAGGUGAUGAUGAAUGUGGAUGAGGACGACAGUGACGAUGAGCCCAAACAGCCGGAGAGAUUUUCUCUAGCCGACCUCAAACAUAGAGGAAAGAAAAAGGCCAUCGCCCCUGUAAACAGAGUUGGGUCUGCAAUCAGAAGUAUUUCUGGAGGCCUGCAGUCACACGGCACCCCGGUCCUCGGCAGUGUUUCAAACAGUCGGCUGAUGAUCUUUGAUGAGAGCAAGUCUCAAAGUGCGGGACCCUCAGAGCCUAAAAUGGAGUCUUGGGUGGCCCCUCCGACUUCCAGGGCAAAAGAGAACGAGCAGAAGGCUGAAAAAUGGUGUGAUGUCAAGAUGCCCCAGAAGACCAAAUUUGGGCACACUGUUAUGGCCCCACCGCCUCCCAAACCCACCUUCCAACCAUUUGUUGAGGAGUCGGAUCAGCCUCCAACAAUGACUCCUUGUAAAAUCAACCCGUCCGUGAACACAGUUUUAUCAGCACGUAAGCCCUGCAGAGAGGAAACUCCUCUAAAGAGACUACAGGAACACCAACAGCAACAGAGGGAAGCAGAAUCAGGAAAACUACAAGAGCAGCAUAUGUACUGUAAGGAGCUGCUGCACAGCGGCGCCACUGAAUUCUGCUUUGAAGAGCUGCGCGCUGAACGUUACUUCAAAAAGAUGACACAGGACGUCAAAGGUCAAAAGGAUCAAGCAAGUGCCAGUGCUUCAGACUGAUGCAUCGAAGGACAAUUUGAUUGCUCUUAAUUUCCUGAAUUUUUACCAUCAUUUAUACUGCAAGUAUCAUGUAGUUGCUGCUGUUUAUUUGUUUUCCUGCUGUAAAUAUUUUGCUCAUAGAGAGCUUGUUACUUAGAAAGGUAAAAAGAAAAAAGGGUUUAAGAUGUUUAGAGACAUUUUGAGCUGAAGGUACAGUAUUGUAGUUGUGUCGGAUUCAUUCUUAUAUUUGAUAGACCAAAUAAUGGGGGAAGUACUGUACACUGUAAAAUAAUCCAGUACGAAAUAACAACCUGACAGUAACGUGGAACAUUUGUACAACUUCAACAAAAGAAAUGACAGGUUUCAGAAUAGUGUUGAAAGGCCUACUGGAUUGUAUUAUAUUAAGUGUCCACUCAUUAUACUUUGUAAAUACUAAACACAUUUGUUCACCACAGUUCAAGUCUCUGCUACAGAUAUACUACUCACACUUACUGCUAAUUUCUAGCCUACUUUAUUUCUCUAUUUUUUAUCACUUAUUUCCUCAGAAUGGUGUUUUUUCUUGUGUGCUUACUCUUUAAAUGUCAAAAUUAUGUGAAAAUAAUUUUGUCAUAUUUGUUGAAACAGUCAUUGUAUUCUGAAAGAAGCCCAUGAGACAUAUUCUGAGAAAAAAAAAUCCCUCCUUUUCCUUCUGCUUCUGAUGGAUUUUUUUUUUUAAAUUAAAAGUUACCAACUGUAUAGCUUUAAGUUGAUCCGUCUAGUUUGGUAUUUUGUGUUUCAGAACAAUUCAAAUACAGUCUAAAAUGGUCUUCAGUGAGGUGAUUCUGAACUGUUGUUUUUUUUGUCUCAGUCUGAUUGAAAUGUCUUUUACAGCCAUAUGUCAUUGGUGUUCAGUGAACUCAUUAAAAAUGUUUUGCUGAUGACUAGA